CCUCUCCGCAUGGAGAAACUGGGGCCUAGGGGAAACUGCCGUGAUGAGAUUAUCUAUCGGAGCAUUGUCCUGUCUAGACAGAUCAAUACACAACCCCGGGGCACUGCCUCCAGUCCCAACACCCAACAUGGCUCACCCCCAGGUAAGACUCACCUGGAGAAAGACACCGGUAUUAUUGUAAGUUAUCAGACCAUUAUAGGUUUAUUGGUCCCUGACACACUCCUCACUUUCUCCGAUGGAGAAUGAAACAUGGCAGAGACCCUGUUUGGGCAAGAUUUAGUCAUUGAUUCAACCAAUAGUGCAUAUGAUAAACGUAUGACACGUUGUGUGUAUUUUACAGUUAUGUUAUAACUGUGUUGGAAGAAUGAAUCAAGAUGGGAUAGCAUUUCUUAAAUUGUAUUGUCAGGGAAGCACACAAGUUCAAAGUGAUGUUCAUUCAACAUACCUUAUUUUGAUCAUCAUAAAAAAAGUAAUUAAAGGUACAAUCAGCAAUAGUUACUGCUGUUCAAUGGUAAUUUCAAUCAAUUAUAUAUACCCAUUCAUUUUGGAAGAAUAUAAUUUGCCUCAUGAGCUGUCUUACCCAAUCAAAAUCCAAAAUAUAAGGUUACUCCAUUGUUUGUGAACAAUGUAUUUUGUAAACAAGCAAUAUAUAGCUUCAGAUAUGUUCAAAACUAUAAUGUUGAUCUCAUGAACUGUCACUCCUUGCAUUCAUAGCUCCAUCUAUGAAUUUGAGAAUGGUUACAUUUCUCCAGCCCCAUCCCUCAGCAUUAUAGCAAACAAAGUGUCUGGGCUGGCAUUUGGCAAAAACAUGAAUUAAGGAUUGUGACAAGGGUUGCAAAGGGAGGGUAUACAUAUACACUACCGUUCAAAAGUUUGGGGUCACUUAGAAAUGUCCUUGUUUUCCAUGAAAACAUACAUGAAAUUAGUUUGAAUAGGAAACAUAGCAAAAUGAAUAGGAAAUGUAGUAAUUGACAAGGUUAAUUGAAAUAAUAAUUGUGUCCUUCAAACUUUGCUUUCGUCAAAGAAUCCUCCAUUUGCAGCAAUUACAGCCUUGCAGACCUUUAGCAUUCUAGUUGUCAAUUUGUUGAGGUAAUCUGAAGAGAUUUCACCCCAUGCUUCCUGAAGCACCUCCCACAAGUUGGAUUGGCUUGAUGGGCACUUCUUACGUACCAUACGGUCAAGCUGCUCCCACAACAGCUCAAUAGGGUUGAAAUCCGGUGACUGUGCUGGCCACUCCAUUAUAGACAGAAUACCAGCUGACUGCUUCUUUCCUAAAUAGUUAUUGCAUAGUUUGGAGCUGUGCUUUGGGUCAUUGUCCUGUUGUAGGAAGAAAUUGGCUCCAAUCAAGCGCCGUCCACAAGGGAAUGGCAUGGCGUUGUAAAAUGGAGUGAUAGCCUUCCUUCUUUAAGAUCCCUUUUACCCUGUACAAAUCUCCCACUUUACCACCACCAAAGCACCCCCAGGCCACCACCAUGCUUGACAGAUGGCAUCAAGCACUCCUCCAGCAUCUUUUCAUUUGGUCUGCGUCUCACAAAUGUUCUUCUUUGUGAUUGGAACACCUCAAACUUCGAUUCGUCUGUCCAUUUUUCCAAUCUUCCUCUGUCCAGUGUCUGUGUUCCUUUGCCCAUCUUAAUCUUUUAUUUUUAUUGGCCAGUCUGAGAUAUGGCUUUUUCUUUGCAACUCUGCCUAGAAGGUCAGCAUCCCGGAGUCGCCUCUUCACUGUUGACGUUGAGACUGGUGUUUUGCAGGUACUAUUUAAUGAAGCUGCCAGUUGAGGACCUGUGAGGCGUCUGUUUCUCAAACUAGACACUCUAAUGUAUUUGUCCUCUUGCUCAGUUGUGCACCAGGGCCUCCCACUGCUCUUUCUAUUCUGGUUAGAGCCAGUUUGCGCUGUUCUGUGAAGGGAGUAGUACACAGCGUUGUACGAGAUCUUCAGUUUCUUGGCAAUUUCUCGCAUGGAAUAGCCUUAAUGUCUCAGAACAAGAAUAGACUGGCGAGUUUCAGAAGAAAGUUAUUUGUUUCUGGCCAUUUUCAGCCUGUAAUCGAACCCAUAUUUGCUGAUGCUCCAGAUACUCAACUAGUCUCAAGAAGGCCAGUUGUAUUGCUUCUUUAAUCAGCACAACAGUUUUCAGCUGUGCUAACAUAAUUGCAAAAGGGUUUUCUAAUGAUCAGUUAGCCUUUAAAAAUGAUAAUCUUGGAUUAGCAAACACAACGUGCCAUUGGAACACAGGACUGAUGGUUGCUGAUAAUGGGCCUCUGUACGCCUAUGUAGAUAUUCCAUUACAAAUCAGCCGUUUCCAGCUACAAUAGAAAUUUACAACAUUAACAAUGUCUACACUGUGUUUCUGAUCAAUUUGAUGAUAUUUUAAUGGAAUUUUUUUUUGCUUUUCUUUCGAAAACAAGGACAUUUCUAAGUGACCCCAAACUUUUGAACGGUAGUGUAUAUUACUGGAAACUUUCAAAGUUUAUCAGUAAACUAACACAUUUUGGUAUCUUUCAAGACAUCUAGUGGCCUUUUUGGGUACUUCUGAUUAUCACAUUUACAUUUUACAUUUACAUCAUUUAGCAGACGCUCUUAUCCAGAGGUGUCACAGGUGUCUAAUUAUCUCUGGCCCUCUGUGCGUAAUGUAAAACAUUAUCCCAACUUAGUAAAUACCAUUGGUGUUUAAUAUGAGGGUUUCAGCAUGAAAUAUAAUUUUAUAUUAUUGUUUACUAUGUCAAUAUGUGUUUGUUGUCAAUGAUUUGCCGUCAAACUGGUGGCGGUUGUGAAAACAUUUAUAGUUGGAAGAGUUGCAGAGUUCAUUGCACAUAAAAUAUUGCUUUUUUAAUUAUUAGGCUAUUUUCUCUUGAACCAUAUGGUCUAUCUACAAGAGACUGAUGGACAAUAUGGACACAGAUAUAAUAAAUGAAUACUAUAUAUGAAUACAUUUUCUAAAAAAGUUAUUCAAGUAUAAACUACCAAAGUUACGAUAGAUUGCCAUAGAUUUUCUGUUAAUUACCAAAAUAAAUGGUAAAUUAUCAGUAGCUUUACAACCCUAAUUGUGACUCAAAUGUUCUAUUUUGUGAGGGUUGAUCUCAUUUGAAAUGGAUCAAUUCCCUGAACUUGUAUUAGCUAUGUCAAAUUAAUUAUAAUGGCUUUUUUACCACAUUGCAUGAGGACACUAAAUGGACUUUCUGUGUGUGAUUACGUCUGUGUGAAUGAUAUUUACACAGAUUUUGGUGCCGCUGCAGGCCCCGUUCUCCAGUGGGGAAGCCUCUCCAUAUUUGUUUAAAAGUCUCUUAGCAGUUAAUAAAGAUGCAUUUCCUCCGUCCCCCUUCCUGUGGGGACGGUAUCAAGGCCCUGUUAAGUCCCUUUGAUUUCCACAACCCUCCAAUCACAGUGGGACAUUGACUCAUCAUUGUGCCACUUCAAAGCCUGGGAAUGGCUCUCUCUUCUGGCCACUCCCACCCCUGGGAUCCCCUUAAAAGUCAGGGACACCUUGUCCUCCAGUUGAACAGUUCUAGAGUGCCCGAAGUGAUUGCUGUUAGAACACUAUUGCAUCUACCACCCCUCAAUGUAUGCUUCCGGCACCAGUGGAAUAUACUGAAAGCUCAAGACAGAUGUGCAGCACCAAGGAGGGACUGUGAACUACUUUGGAUAGCACUGAUACAUUAUAUUUUUGGUGCACCUCUUCUUGUUGCAUCAACUCGUCUAAAGAAUGCAGUCCAUCAGAGGUGAGUGUUGGUCCUCAAGCUCCUUUUUGUCAUCAAACCUCCCUUGGAUUCCCAAUGGACAUCACACAUUCAAAUCAUAAGCUCUCAAUGUCUAUAUCAAUAGUUUGGGUUGUAUCCUUAGUCCACUCUGUGUAUGUGAAAUUUUCCUCUUUACCCCGGCCUAUUUAGUUCUCAUCUUGGUCGGCUAGUCAUCCAUCAGUUUUGGUUUAUGACUGUGUCUUAAUGAUGGUUUCCACAUCUACAUCCUAGACAUGAAGUCCAACUUUAUUGCUCCACCCUCGUCCUCUAUUCCCGGUGGUCCCGAUGCCUAUCACCAAGGCAACAUCAGGAUGACUCUGGAGGACCCAGAACUCUGGAAGUCUUUCCAUGAAAUUGGAACAGAGAUGAUUAUCACUAAACCGGGCAGGUAAGAUAACCACAACUUCCAAUUCUAUCUGCCAUGAUCAAUUACAAUGUACUUGAUCGAAAAUGCUUCAAGAAAUAUAAUUUUUUGUGGACUGUCAUGAUAAUGAUUAUCCUUGUAUUUUACAGGAGAAUGUUUCCACACUGUAAAAUCAACCUUUCUGGGCUGAUGCCUUGUUCCAAGUACAUCUUGUUGGUUGACAUGGUUCCUGUGGAUGGUUUCAGGUAUAAGGUAAGAAGCUUUUGCAUGUUUGCACUUUAAUACAUAUCCAUUGUCUUUCAUGAGCAAAAUAAUGAAAUUUUACAUUUAGCUAUGACACAUCCCUGGCUUGUAUAAAACAAUCUUGACAUAAGCAAACAUUAGCGAUAGCUUUUCUCCAAUGGCCAGCAUCUCCAGACGAGACCCAGCUCCACUCCACCCUCUGCUCAUCACCCCUCUGACAUUGGACAUCAAAGGGCAUUAUCUCUUCCUGUUGUUCUAUCCCCUGCUGUUUGCCCACUGUAUUACUCCCACUCUCUGUGGGUGGUGCAAGCCAAACUAUCUCUCUUUUAGCCUCCUAAAGUUAGGCAGGGAGCCUCUGAAAAUCACCUCACCCCCCUUGUAUGACAGAUAAACUUUAUUCAUGUAUUUACUCAAUUUCUCGGUCUCCUUCCAGUGGAAUAAAGAGAAAUGGGAAGUGGCUGGGAAGGCGGAGCCACAGCCCCCUUGUCGGACGUACCUGCAUCCAGACUCUCCAGCCCCUGGGAGCCACUGGAUGAAACAGACCGUCUCCUUCCUCAAGCUCAAGCUUACCAACAACACUCUGGACCAGCAUGGCCAUGUAAGAAGGCAUUGUCAAGCUCUGUAAUAAUAGAUAUAGACUUCUUCUAUAGAGCGUUGGAAAAUGAUUUUACUUUGAUGACAUUAACUGUUGUUCCAGUGACUAAGCUAAGUGUGCAUCUCUAUCCCUUUCAGAUCAUUUUGCACUCCAUGCAUCGCUACCACCCGCGCUUCCACAUUGUCCAGGCAGACGACAUGUACAGUGUACGCUGGAGUGUCUUCCAGACCUUUACCUUCCCUGAGACCUCCUUCACCUCCGUCACUGCUUACCAGAACACUAAGGUCAGUCUCACUGCAGUCACUGGCACAGCAGGGCACUACCCUUUUAUUUACCCAAGCAAGCAUCUGGUAACAAGUCCCUAGGUGUUUAAACCAAAUAUUUUCUCCCCUAGAUAACCAAGCUGAAGAUUGACCACAACCCAUUUGCAAAAGGCUUUCGAGACGAAGGAACUAAUACAAAAAGGUAUAUAGAAUUGUUAUUAUAACUACUUUUCUAUUUCACUCUAUUUAUUUUAUAUUUUAUGCUUGUCUUGAAUAUAAGUGUACUAAUGAUCGGUUCUAUUAUCUUUCCCACUGCAGGCGUGCUAACAGAAACCCAGCCUGCCCAGAGAAGAAAGCAAAGAAAAUUGAUUGUCUAAGCAGAGAGUCAGAUGAGGACAGCCCUCCUGGUAUUGGCUUUCACCACUUGGUGACCAAAGUACUCAUCCCUUCGUGUAGAGAUUGUUAUUCUCUGAGCUUAGUGGGUCUGAUGUCAUGUCUGUUUUUCAGACUUCCGCAGGUCAUCAUAUGAGGGAUACGAAGGAGAGCAGGCAGAACUCCCUAAAACCAAAGAGGAGGAAGUGGUGAAAGAGGAGCGCUACUCCCCCUGGGGGCCUGAGAGGGAGCAUGGCCACCACGUCCGGACAGACUCACCCCCUGGACCUGACACCAGGGAAAUGUACAAUGCAGAGCAGCUAGUACCAGCCCCAGCUUCAUACCAGCCUUACAGGUAGGCACCACAGCAUACUGUCUGUCAUGUUCAUUAUGCUGUAUAUCUCACUGCCACAUUGUCAUCAAAGCAGAUAACACUGACCACCACCCUGCCUUCUCUCCUCAGGUUCCAUGAAUACGGGAAGUCUCCAUCUCCCUCCUCCAGCAUAGGCAGCAGCAAUGGGGGUUCUGGACGGGCCAGCUUUGAGUCCAGAGUCCCUGAUGUAGCCACAGUCCCAGAGCAUGAAGCCUCCAAGCCCUCUACCCAUGAGAUUGGACCAUCUCCCUGUGGACCCCAACCCCCGGCAGGACAUCCCCAGGACUACACAGCGGUGCUCAACAUGGCCCAGGCAGGCAAGCCAGGGGUCCUCAGCCACCACAUCUACACCCCUUACAGCGCCGAGCAGACCCUGGGCCAGUGGAGCGGCCCCAGCCCUGUCCAGUACCCUCCCCCUCACCACCUGCCUGCUGACUACAGUACCCCGGCUGUUCACCAUGGAUAUCACCAUGGCAAUGUGGCUGAGUGGAGCCAGUACCCACUCUUCUCCUACUCGUGCUGGUGA